CACAUUUAGUCACUCUCCCGUUAGUUUCCGUCCAACUACGUUAAUGGAGUUGGACGGAGGCUAACAGAAAGUGACUAAAUGUUACAUGUUUCAGUAAUUCGAGCAACUUAUUAUCGUCCUUCCCAACUUAGCGGCUGAGGUUCUUCUUCCAAGUUGCUCGCCAACAAUUUUCAGAGGUCAAGGGUUUAGAUCUCUAAUUCAGCUCGCAGUUCAUGAAAACCACCGGAGAAGGGAAACGGAAACCGGAAAUGGUGAUUGCUCCUCCUGCAUGUUUCCGACGCAACCAUCGUCCGGUCUGGCUUCUGCUCCCUCUUCGCCGCCGCAGCUCGCAACCUCCGCCGCCGCCUCGUCGUUGUCGCCCUUGAUUUGCGCGUCCUCGACUUGUUCGAACCGGAGCUUCAACAGCUAGCUCUCGACCUCCGCCAGUUGAUCUCUUCUUUAUUUUUCCGGGAAGAGAAGCUAGGUGGUGUUCAUUUCAUGGGUUCCUGCAUUAGUUCCGGAAUCAAAGCUGAAAGCCCCUCCUCUAAUGGGGAGGGGAAAGAGUUUAGCGUAUCCAACAGCAAGCUGUCAUCAUCAGCCGAGACCGUGCCCACUACUCAUAGACCAGAAGGUGAGAUCGUGCAAGCCACAAACUUGAAGAGCUUUACCUUCAGUGAUAUCGAGGCAGUCACUGGAAACUUCCGCCGCGACUGUGUACUAGGUGAAGGCAGGUUUGGGUAUGUCUUCAAAGGAUGGGUCGACGAGAAUUCACUCACUGCUGUAAGGCCUGGAACUGGGAUGGCUAUUGCCAUCAAGGAGCUUAACGAAGAGAGCUAUCAGGGAGACCAGGAAUUGCUGGCUGAAAUCAAAUAUCUGGGGCAGCUGUUCCAUCCAAACCUGGUGAAAUUGAUUGCUUACUGCUUCGAGGAUGAACACCAUCUUUUGGUCCAUGAGUUCAUGCCUAUGGGCAGCUUGGAAAAUCAUCUCUUCGGAAGUGAGUUAUUACAAAACUUUUCCUUGUGCUAAUUUCCAAAUGAUAAAGGAAAAAUCUCAAUAACUCGAGUCAUUGGGAAACCCAUUGGUUUGGAUAUUUUAUCAGUUGCUUAUAGUAGGAACAAUGGUGUCUGAAGCAUUAUUGUUGUUGUCACAGCGGAUUUUGAUUUCCAACCUUUGUCUUGGAAGCUACGUAUGAAGAUUGCAUUAGAUGCCGCGAAAGGUCUAGCAUUCCUUCACAGCGAUAAGGCCAAAAUGAUAUUCGGAGACUUCAACACUUCCAAUAUCCUUCUAGAUUCGAGAUACAACGCCAAGCUGUCGGAUUUUGGGUUAACCAUGAAUCCUAUAGAGAGUAUGAACCCCUAUGACACAAAAUUCGCAGUUCCAUAUGAUGGUGGAGCUCCUGAGUACAUAGCGACAGGGUUUCGGACAUCGAAGAGCGAUGUGUAUAGAUUUGGGGUAGUCCUGCUAGAGAUAAUUUCGGGCAGGAGAGAAUUUGACAGGGAAAGGCCAUGGAAGGAGAAGUACCUUGUGAAAUGGGCGAUGCCUUACUUGAGUAACAAGGCGGAGAUCUUCCAAGUGAUGGAUGCAAGGAUUGAAGGGCAGUACAGCGUCAGCUGCACAAUGAAAGUGGCAGGCCUAGCACUGUUAUGUCUGUCAGCAAAACCCAAGUGUAGGCCAAACAUGGAAGAAGUGGUGAGAAGUUUGGAGCAGAUUUAUGACGGGUGCAAUAGUAGCAGUAGUAAUGAGGGUGAGUUAUCAGGAGGAUCAAGAUCGAAAGAAGCUCAUGUUGUGGGUAAUUGAAGGGCUCCUCCCUCUUGUCCCAAACUUCUGCAUCUGCUGUAUUACCUUGAUAGAUGCAUGCCAACAGCGAUUGGUUGUAUUGUGUGCUCGAGUUUGGUCCGAGGGUGAAUUGCCAUAUGUCCAUUUUGCUUUGGAGUUUUGAAGUUUGUGCUUUACAAGGUUGAAGCAGGAUACAUUAUGGUACAGCCGUUUACCCCUCAUACUUUUUCUCCCCACUAUCAACUCGGUCUGGCCUGUUCUUGUUUCGACGCAAGUGAUUCAUGAAUCAUCUUAUGUAUGAUAAAUUAUUUUUUUAGCAUUUUUACUUGAGUUGUGACUAAUAUUGGGGUUCGACAUUUUCACA